AUGUGCCGACAAUACAAAGUAAACUGGGCUUGUGGCUGCCAACCUGCCGAAAGUUCUGUGAUUUUCUUCUGUCCAGCCUCAAACUUCAUUGGCCAGUCAUGGGCAGACCCCAUUGCAACGCUGGUAUGGAACACAACAGCAGAAUAUGAAGUAACAGCUCUCCCUGAUAUUGCCUGUUUUGGCGAAACUUAUAAUUCUCCUAUCUGCCUGGACUUCAAUCGCAGUUGCAAGAAGUGCGCCCUCCCCUCAGGUACCAACGACGAGGUGGAAAUCUUCACCUCUGAGUUAGAGAAACCUGACAGAUUCUCCAGCUUUAUAUUGGAUGAAGAGUACCGCACUUUGUUUGCACAGCAUACCAAUUUCUUUUACCCAGAUGAGGAACUGCGUCAUAAGCCUUAGCUACCAGUAUUUGAGGAAGUGGGCAGAUCUAUCUCCAGAGGAUCUAGAAUGCGUUGUUUCUCGCACCAAUAAGCUUGAGACCUUGUUACGGAAAGUUGAGGUUUGCGUGAAAGUCAGUGCAGCGAGAGAAAAGGAAAUGCUGAGAGCAGAGCGUAUCCACCGAAACGCGCACUUCCGAGCGAUUUCCACCAACAUACAGAGAUGGCUUGAAUGGCUCAAAUGGGUAGAGCUUUCUGCGAUGAUUCUUACCAAAGAUGGUGAGUUAUUCCCUAAUAAACCCAACCAAAAGCCCAACCCUAAGCUUUUAACUGAAGUUCCCUUGGAGGAGCUUGACCAAGAGGAUCUUGAGUGUGCUGUCUGCUCUGUUACUUUCGGACAGGAGGGUGAAGAUCACAUUGUUGAGACAUGUGUGGAGACACCAUGCCAUCACAAAUUUGGCUCUUCAUGUGCUCGCAGAUGGUUUGUCCUAGAUGGACACCCUAGCUACCCCCUCUGUCGAAAACGUCUUCCAAGUGAGUUGUUUGAGUAUCCAGACCACCAGCAGCGACAGGAUAACCCUCAUCUGAUCAGAUGGGUUUACCAUCUUCAGGCCCCGCUUGCCAAUCCUGUAGAAGGCUCUGAAGAUGAGCUGGCUCUCAUUCGUGCAGAGUAG